UCCUGGUAGAGACGCUGUCAUCUUUAAACUUCAGCAGCUUGUAGUCGACUGUGUGUUUUAAUAGAUGCUGAUAGCCUGGUGCUACCUGCUGUGUGUAGAAUUACUCUCCUUCAACCAAACCACCAAACACUACCUAGUGUGUUACAUUCCGGAUGGGAAGAGAGACAAAUCUGGGAUUUUUACACGGGAGUCUGGUGUGACGCUGCCUCCGUACAGAGACAGAGUAUAUCGGAUACUGACAGAGCGGGCAGCCUGGAUGGAGAGAGGCACUGAUUCUACCUUUCUCUCUCUCUCUCACACACACACACAUAUACCUAGAAAAUGCCCAGCUAAUAAUGACUGUCGGGGUGUUUUCACGCAGCGGUAUUGUUGACCAAUGUAUAUCCAGAAGACUGCUCUCCAACGCGCAGGAACGAAGCACCGACGAACGAUUUGAGGUGAACUAGAAAAUUAACGGUAUCCGUCCGGCUCCAGUGUGGGAUGUGCCAUGUACAGUAGCUGGUGAUGAGAAUGAAACCCAACCGCAACUUCCUGCUGGGCCUGUGUUCCAUGCUGGCCCUCGGAUUCCUCUACUACUCUUCAGGGAGGAUCAGCUUACGAGGCUGGGGACACAAAUCAUUAUAUGACAAGCAAGGAUUCCUUCUGAAGCUGGAUGCUAGUCUGCCUUUGGAGCUGGUGUACAAGUACGGCAAUCUCAGUGAGGGGGUUUGUAAACCCGGUUUUGCAGCUGCCAAGAUGACUGCCAUUUACCCAAAGUUCAACAAACUGGCGCCCAUGUUCCUCGAUCCAAAUUACAGACAGUUCUCCAAAAUCAGUGAUUUUUCACCUCCUUUUGGAAUAAAGGCACAAGAGAAGAUCAUAGAUAUCCUUCUGGCAGCUACAAAGAGCUAUGGCCUGGGAGAAGAACUUGACAGUAUGAGCUGUAAGACGUGCAUCAUCGUGGGGAACGGAGGAAUCCUCACCAACCGCUCUCUGGGCCAGAGGAUUGAUGAGUUUGAUGUGGUGAUCAGGUUAAACGAGGCCCCAGUGAAAGGCUUUGAGAAGGACGUGGGAUCUAAGACCACCAUGAGGAUCACUUAUCCAGAGGGAGCCAUCCAGAAGACAGAGCACUAUGAGGCUCAGUCCCUGUUUGUCCUCUCAGCCUUCAAAUCUCUGGACUUCAGGUGGCUGCGACACAUGGUCUUCAACCAGAGGCUGUACAGCACUGAUGGCUUCUGGAAGUCGGUGGCCAGGUAUGUUCCACGGGACCCCAUGGACAUGCGCAUCCUGAACCCCUAUUUCAUCCAGGAGGCUUCCUUCAAGCUGAUUGGCUUACCUCACAACAAUGGACAGAUGGGCAGAGGGAAUAUCCCAACCUUAGGGGCAGUUGCCAUAACAAUGGCCCUUCAUAACUGUGAUGAAGUAGCUGUGGCUGGAUUUGGCUACAACAUGAGCACCCCCCAUGCCCCCCUGCACUACUAUGAGAAGAUCAGGAUGUCAGCCAUCAAAGAGUCCUGGACUCACAACAUCUCUAAAGAGAAGGAGUUCCUGUUAAAGCUGGUGAAGGCUGGUGUUAUCCAGGACUGGACCAAUGGGCUCUGCGGUGUAGAAUGCUGAUGGCCCUUCAUACAGCUCCAUGGCUCGUGGCUGCAGCGCUGUGCUCACCUGAAGCUGACUUGACACUGAAGAGAAGAAAGAAAACGGGGGCUCUGCAGGCCGUCUCCCAGCAGAGAGCAGCAGCUGUUACAUAUGGUGGUCAGUGCAAAGAGACUGUGUGACCAGGACACACACUGCCCCACUGUUGCAUAUGGACAUAUUGCAAGCACUUGGCCUCUGCAUUGUAUGGCAGUAUUUAGGUCUUUCUAGUUAUAGUUAGUGCAUAUUCACAGGGGGAUUCGGUCCCUGGCUCAGGGGUACAUUGGCCCUGUUGGGGAUGGAACCAGCACCUGGACCAGACUGACCAGCUACUCAGAACUUCUGCAGGCUUAAAAAUGAAUAUACUGGCUUUCAACAUUGAGCCUGUGCCAAGAAUACCUCUACAAGUGUCCUUCUGCUCACACAUCUGAAUGUAAUCUGCAUCAAACUUAUAGUCUCUUGAUAUAUCUUCCAGUUUCUGUGUUAAACAGGGUGCACAUCACACCUGACUCAGCCGUCCUGGACCAGUCUCUGAACUGAGGUAAAAACCUUUCUGUCAGAGUAACACAGUGAUCGCCACAGCUUGUUUUGUUGAGUGGGUCAGAGUCUGCACACAAGCCAAAAAGAGCUUGUUUUCCAGCAGCAUUAACAUCAAACACACAGUGGAGCUUGCCACACUGCUUACACAGAGGUUAAACAGCCACAUCUGGUUUGUUUUUGUGAGGCAGCGAGAUAUUCUGAUCACUUAAAGGCUUUCUUAUGUGAAGCACGAUUUUUUUAAGGUUUAAGGAUUAAUUUGCAUGUUGUUUAAAAACAGAUCACUGAAUGAACCAAUACACAUACAAGCUGAGUUUUUCCUCUGCUGAAAGGCUGUAUUGAGUCCUUUUGCUCAAAGCUCCGUUUUUUUAGCCAAUCACAAGAAGCCACAUCACACAUGCUAACAACUAUAAGGCAGUGCGAGGGUUGAUCACCUUAUUGAUCACAUUCCAUUGCAGUCAGUCUACUUUGAUCGAGUCAUGAAGUCACUCAGGUGCUGCACUGGUAAACACUAAGGGCCUGAUUUACUAAAGGUUUGCGUGUGUACAAACGUGUGACAGUGGCAAAACUUCACAUCACCCCCAAAAAAAUGUGCAAGCUGAUCUACUAACACAGCACACUGAGGUUUGCGUCUUUCAGCUGUGCAAGAUAGUACGCGCUGUCCAUUUAGUAGUUUACCAUAAUGAAUAUGUAAUAUGAGGCGUUUCAACCCCAGUGUGUAAAAUACAGGGAGGAGAAAAUGUAAAUAUGUUAUUUACCAAACCUGAAGGUAUUAUUUCUGACGGUAACUGUGUCUAUAAAUAAUAGGUUUGAAAGGAAGGUGUUAACACACAUGACAGGCACAAUGACAGAUUACACAGACACAGAGAACAUAUUUUUUCCACCCAUGUUAAUAUUUUUGGAGUGGAAUAUUUGUGGUUUUACUAACAGCAUUGACUUUGUCACUAAUACUCUCCCAUAUAGCAAUGUUUUCUGGUAUUGUUUCUGCUGUAACUCAAUAUGUUUGUUAACCUCUUCCACUAGAACCUCUUAUUGCAUGUGAUCACAUUUCUGCUCGUCCAAACUCUCCAUUAAGACACAAAACCUUCAUUUAAAUACCGCUGUCUGCACCUGUUGUUAUUUACAGUUAUUCUUAGUAGAUCACUCGCAAAAUACACGCUAACCAAACGUGCAAUCUGUUGCACUGCACAUGCAAUUUAGUACCUUUUAUUUGGGAUCUAAGUAAAUCAGGCCCUUAGUCCAUUAGCAGUGGAAGUAAGUUGAACUUUUUACAAGAUUGAGAACAGGAGCAGCUGUUGGUUUGUCACAGCCUCAGUCUGUGUGUGCUUUUAUGACUUUACAUUAGAUUCAUCUCAGCACAUCAAGACUUAAUAAGACUUUUCAAAGAUGGAGCUCACAUCUCCAAAACUAUUGAAAUGAUAGAAACUGUCUGCAGCAUAUGUAAAAAAGCUCCCAAUGACAGUAUUUUCGUGCUGUUUAUUCACGACGUGCUCUAAAUAAGACUUCAAUACUUAAGAUUUUCCUCCCAAUGUCCACUGUAUGCAGCUAUCAUUUCACUUUGUCCUGGAUGUCAGUGGACAGGCUGUUUCCUCCUCUCUGUCUGUUUUUUAUAAAGUAUUUAGAUUUUCCUUCUGCUAAUCUACACUGUUCUGGAAAUACAUAUCCAAAAUAAAGAUCAGACAGUGUGCUACGUACAGUCAUUAAAACAAGUAAAGAAACCAGAUAUGUUACCACAUCAAUCAUAAAUGAGCUGCAGGUUCAAAAUGCUUUAAAAAUACAAUGAAACAUCACAAGUUCAAAGUAUUGAAGAACAAACUGCAUCAAGUUGUUCCUUUAAGUAAACAUCAUAACUGUGACGGAGACAUGAAGCCACAUAAUGAGUGACCUGUUUCUCGUGUCAUACUAUCAGUGUUGUAAAAGAGAUGAGGAAGUAGAGAAGACACAUGUUUCACUGAAGCAGAACAAGUUUUCCCACAAUAGAACUUGACAUCAGAGCCAAACAUCCAGGCAGCAAUAAAACACUGUGCUAACUGCUACUGACACACUGAGCUCAUCCCAGACAUCUCAGAGCGCAGUGUGACAGGAAUAUCAGGAUUUUAUUUUAGUAAUUAAAUCAUCUGUUUCUACUGUUGUCUGUCCAUGUGCCUGUGUCACUCAAGACUAGUUCAGUUUUCACAAUGUUCAAUAUAAAAUAUCUGUAUGUGAAAAACAAGGCUAUAAAAUCAAAUCAUCACAGAGAGCCAGAAUAACUUAGUUUGAGAUACUAUGAGCAAAUAUAAUAUAAAUAGAUCCCUAAUCUGUCGACCAAUGGAACAAGAAACACAUGAAUUGAGACAUUAUGAUGGGGAUCAUAGUGUCAUAUUAAAUAGACUGUGUUUAUACAGAGCUUCUCUAGUCUUAUUGACUAUUCAGAGUGCUUUACAUUACAUUGCCAACAUUCACCCAUUCACACACAUUCAUGCACAUACUGUCCUCUCUAUAGGGCCAUGUCAGCCAACCACAUGACCCUCACUCAGCCAAUCACAUUAGAGCUGGCCAUGGUUGAUACUUUGUAUUCUAAAUAAAAGAGCACUGUUUUUCAAAGUAACUUCAUCCAAGAUGAACAAAUGAAAGCUCUAAAGCAGAGAUCAGAUUCCAGCAUCACAGAGGACGAGGAGCUAAAUGAGUACCAGUGUGUCCUGGUUUUCUUAUCUUCUUUAGCCAAGUUUAACAACUUCUAUGCACAUUACAUGGUGACCACCUCAAAAGACAAAAAAACUAUAUCCUGACAUAAUUGUCCUCAAAGAACUCUGUCAGGACUAACGGGCUCCUGGUCUGAGUUGAAUCACAGUGAAUCAUUGGCAGCUUGAAAUUCAUUUUAGGUUUAUUGAAUCAUUGAUUUUGUAUUGAUGUGAAAGGAUAAUGUCAGUCAGGGUUUAGCUGAUGCUGGCUCUCCAAAGAUGUUUUACAGACUCCCUCUGAUCUCCUUUCUCCUUUAUUGUCAUUGCCAAUAAUGACAGCAGAACAUCAAAACACUCCCUUUAAUCAUUUCACUUAGCCUGACCAAAGGCUGCUAUCUCAGGCCCUCACACAGUCAUGAUGAGUGGUAUUAUCAGUUAACUCAGCUUUAUCAAUCUAUCACAUAUUAUUUAAGAUAAGCUGCAUUGUGAAGUGUGUACGUGCGUUUGUGUCGCUUUAUACACACUGGCCUGCAUAGUUGGUAUUCGCCUCACUGUGUGUGUUGGUGGACUUCAUGCUGGUCAGAUGCUCGAGCCAAAGUAUUCAUCUAUUUAUUUAGACAGUGCAAUAGAACACACUGACAAAUAAAGUGAAUAAGAAUGCUGCAA